UACAGUAGGGAAACAUGCAAAACAGUGUCCAAACCUGUGUAUUUUAGCUUUAUUUAUGUCUUACACAGCAUCCCAACUCUUUAGCUAACUUAAUAACUUUAGCUAAAGUGAAUAGUUAGUCUGAAAGGCUGAAAAAUGAUUAGUCAUCCCUCCGCCCCAAACACAAACAUACACACGCUUCCGCCCCUGGCUUGUUAUAGUAGGCUGCAAUCCGAGCAGGUGAAGUUCCAGAAAAAAACUCGCUCCUGUCCGGCAGUGACUACUGAAAUCUUCCCCAGAACGAUGAAUGUGAGGAGAGUGCAAAAGACAGUUCUGAGUGUGGAACAGGAAGAGGGGCUCGGCGCUCGGGUCCGCAGGAGCAUUGGGAGAAAGGAGCUGAGGAACCUGGAUCCUUUUUUGAUGUUGGAUGAGUUUAGAGUGAGCAAGCCAGCGGGAUUUCCAGACCAUCCUCACAGAGGAUUUGAGACGGUAACAUAUCUUUUAGAGGGGAGCAUAGCUCAUGAAGACUUUUGUGGCCAUUCGGGACGACUGAAAUCUGGAGAUCUGCAAUGGAUGACUGCAGGACGGGGGGUGGUCCAUGCCGAGAUGCCCAUGUCAGAGGAGCCGGUAGUGGGCUUACAGUUGUGGGUUAACCUGUCAAGGCAAGAAAAGAUGGUGGAACCUGCGUACCAGGAGCUUAAAGGGUCAGACAUCCCCAAACCCAGCCAGGGAGGAGUUGCGGUCACUGUGAUAUCUGGAGAAGCUUUAGGAGCAAAGUCCAAGAUCUACACGAGAACUCCGACGUUAUACCUGGACUUCAAAUUGCAGGCAGGGGCCACGCAUGUGCAGCCUGUCCCUCAAGGUUGGACUACGUUCAUCUACACACUAUCAGGAUCCACUCAUGUUGGCCCAGAUGAGGAGCAGCAGCAGGUGGAGCCUCAUCACACUGUGGUGUUUGGGGAUGGAGACUGUGUCAAAUUUGAAAACAAGGGCUCCGAGGUUUCCCAUUUUGUGCUGAUCGCUGGACAACCAAUCAACGAGCCUGUGGUACAACACGGUCCAUUUGUCAUGACCACAGAGGACGAGAUCAGAGAAGCUUUCAGAGACUACCAGAAUGGCAGAAAUGGCUUCGAGAGGGCUCCAAACUGGAGAUCCAAGAUCAGGGAUUCUGUUUGAUCACCAUAUCCUGACACUCCUUUACCCCUCAGAAAACAUUGUUACUACAGAAAAAACAUAAGGUGGUUUUAGUUUGGGAUAAUCAUAUAAAGAUGGGAAAAGUUUAGUUUUUGAGAACUUGUUUUUAUUUAUUAAUCUUUGAUUUAUGUGUGAUUCAAUUAAACUUGUUACAUGAAAUGACCACAGCAGGAAAUAUGCUUGUAAGAACUUCGUUGUGUUUUGGUACAAAGGUAAUCAGGGUUUGAAUCAAAGGAGAGGACCUGCAUUUAACAUGAAGUUAAGGUUACGGUAAUGCAGUGGCCAUGGUAAGAAGAGACACUGGCUAUCAGUUUGAAACAGGAAAUGGAUAGACUACCCUGACCUCCUCACUCGACUGAGAGUAACUCUAUAACACUGAACUUCUGUUACUCCCAGAGUUAUUAUGGCCACUACAGGUCACUGUCAACAAAGUGUUUCAAUGGGUUGCUGCUUGCACAAACAACCUGUGGAGCUGUUUCAAUCGGGGGACAAUCAUUGUUAUUUCUGUGAGAGUUACAACACUGUGCAAAAGUCUUGAGCCACACCUCAUUUCUUUAUAUUUUGCUUCCAAAGUCUGAACCAACAAUUCUCCAGACUUUCUGGACUGAUUUUUUUUUUGUAAAGCCAUUUAAUACUGACCAAUUCAUGAUUCAAGAGAUAAGCCAGUGUUGUUAUUACACAUAACAGGCAACUUAACAAAGAACCUAUUUUAAAUUGGCACUUUGUUACUAGCAGCCUCUCACAAAAAUACACAAUUUAUUCCCAUUUUUAUAGCUGAAUCUCUGAAAAAUGCCAAAGAAAACAUAGUUUGACAGACAGAAAUUAGUAAUUCUGUACCAGCAAGGUGAUUUCCGAAGAGGUAUCAGCAUGACGUGCAGUGUGGCAGGAGAUUAUCUGCAGGAAGUGAGUAGUAUCAGAAAGUCAUGUUCUUAAGAGAUAGGAGAAAAACCUGACACAGGACCUUAGAGAUGUAUCUGACCUUUCAUUUGAUCUAUCUUUGGAAAGCUUUAAAGCACAAAUUGACCUUCAAACUUGUUAGAUUUGCCUUAUACUGUAUUUCCAUAUAUGUAUAAACAUAUUUCAGUAAAUUGUUGCACCUAUUUCCCAUUUUCCUGGCAAAAUAUAAAGACAUGAGUGGUGACUUCUGCAUAGUCAUAGCAGAUUAAAAGACUAGAUGCCAUGUGUAAAUGCUCUUCUCAGAUGUACUCAUGCUUUCUUUGGUGCCCGGAAAUGAAAGUGAAAGAUUUAAGGUUUGAUCAAUGACCACUAUAAGAAUCAUCCAUGUUAUUUUACACACUGAUUUGUCAGCAUUUCUGUCCAAAUUUAACCACAAUAAAAGUUUCUAUGCUAAA